GGAUUUGAAAAAAAACGAAUAAUGGAUCUAUUAUCACAAGUUAGGGGAUAUGCUUAUUUGAGAAAAGAUGCACAAUUUCAGACUGAUAAUGCUAGUAUUUACACUCCUCCAGAGGAUAGGAAUGACUACCGUAAACAGAGAGCCAUAGUGAGCUUUAAACUACCUGUAAGUGAAAUAGACAAGAGUGCUGCAGAAACAUUGGAUGCCUUUUUCAAAGACAUAGAUGAAUUAAAUGAAGUCAUUGCAGAGAUGAAACAGAUUACAAUCGAGCUACAAAAUAAGCACACGUCGAAUCUCCAAACUAUUGAUCCAACCCUCGCUCGACAGCUGCGGAGCGAAAUUGAAACGCUUGCUGGCCGUUGCAAUGAAAAAAUUAGUAUUGCUAAAGGAAAACUGGACAUCAUGAGCAAAAAAAACGAAGCGCUGAAGAAGGACCCUGAGACUCUGCAAGCGAAUACUGCAAUUGUGCGCAUUCAAGAGAAUCAGCAUAGAUACCUUAUCGGCAAACUUAUGGAGAUAAUGGAGAUUUAUCACAAAGUACAAAAUGCAAGUGAGACGUCUUAUAGGGAACAUACUAAGCGCCAAAUAAAAAUAAUGUGCAAGAACUCGGAGAACACUGAGAUCGAUGAUGCAGCCGCUGAGCAACUUGCACAGCAGGUUCUGGAUAACAACCUUAAUAGCUACAUAUUCCAGCAAAGCAAGGAAGUACUCGCCUCAAUUCUAGAAACCAGAAACGACAUCUACCGCAUCGAAUAUUCUAUGCGUGAGCUUAACCGCGUAUUUAAUGACAUGGCAUUAUUAAUUGACGAGCAAGGUGAGCUAUUGGACGUUAUACAAACCAAUGUAAGAAAUAGUGCCAGAUAUGUAGCGAACUCGCUCAUCGAAUUCAAAAAGUCACGAAAGCUUCAGAAAAAGAUCAAUAAAAAACACAUCUGUUUAUUUGUUAUUGUGUUGAUUAUUCUACUCCUGUUCGUGUUAAUCAUUAUCGCAAGUACAAUACCAGUAUAACCCAAAUACCACACGCUUAAGCCAUAAAUUAUUUUAGAAUGCAAAGGAAGAAUUGACACAUAUCGAUUAGUGGCGGUAUCGUUAAAGACGAGUGGUGUUAUUACGUUUGCUCAUCAUUUUCGAGGAUCUAUAGAUCGACUUGCUUUUUGAGGGUAUCUAUUUCGACGAGAGAACCAAUUUUCUUGAUGAAUAUUUUCAAGCGCGUACGAUUUAUGAGAUACAGCGAUAGUGAUUUCAUAUCAUAAAAUAAUCGCUUUGGCUUAUAUUUUUGUCUAGUUUCGUUGUUGUUGCUAUAUUAGCGCUCCCUUGAUUUCUAUUGCUUCUUCUCUCCACUUUUAAACUGUAAGGCAUUGGAAAUAAUAUGACACUUGUAUAUUGUACGGGCCCUGAGCAUCUUACUCUUUCUGACAAACAACUGCAGAAAUACUAGUUCAAAAAA